UGAGCUGCUCUGCGCCUUCCUUUCUCAGCUCCUAAAUGGCAGCGGAUUCUGCCUGGCAGUACCAAUUCCGGAUUAUCAUGCUGGGUGACUCCACUGUGGGCAAGUCCUCUCUCCUGAAGUGCUACACCGAAGGAGUCUUCGUGGAGUCAACGAGCCAAACUGUAGGGGUGGAUUUUUACGUUCACUAUGUGGAGAUCAAGCGUGGCGUGCACAUCAAGCUACAGUUUUGGGAUACAGCCGGGCAAGAGCGGUUCAGAUCUGUGACUCGUUCGUAUUACCGCAACUCAGCAGGUGCAGUGUUAAUGUUUGACUUGACCAAUCGGGCAUCUUUUGAGAGCAUCAAGAAGUGGCACCAGGAAGUGAUGGAGACCGUCAAGCCUUAUCAUGUGGUCUUUGUGCUGGUUGGCCAUAAAAGUGACCUGGGGGAUGAACGCAAGGUUGGGCAAAAGGAGGCUGAGAAACUGGCAUCUUCACUGGGAGCAAAGUAUGUGGAAACAUCUGCUAAGACCAGCCAGAACGUGGAGGAGGCUUUUCAGACACUGGCCUUAGUGAUCUACGAAGCACUGGAAAGCGGGAAGAUGAGACCAAAUGAACAAUGGGACGGAGUGAAAUGCAAAUUACCACUUGAGGCACAGCCUAAGGUACAGGAAGAGAAGAGACGGAAGAAAUGCUCGUGCUAGCAAC